AGAUAUGCCAAUUGAAACUGACAAUAAAGACUGAGCAUGUGUAAUCGACUUAGGGUAUGAAAAUAGGGUUUUCAUUUGAAUUUAAUAUGAAAAUAUUUUAAACAUGUUUAAAAAAGUUGCUGUGGGAAUUUCAGGGGGUGUUGAUAGUUCAAUAGCGGCGUUGCUUUUGAAAAGAAAAGGAUUCAAUGUACAGGGUGUAUUUAUGCAAAAUUGGGACAUUAGAGACGAAAAGGGAGUUUGCAGCAGCGAAGAAGAUUUUAAAGAUGCUCAAUUUGUAUGUAAUAAGCUGGGAAUUAAGUUAAAUCAUGUAAAUUUUGUGAAACAGUAUUGGAAUGAAGUGUUUUGUGAUUUAAUUAAAGAAUAUGAAUCGGGUAAUACACCGAAUCCGGAUAUUCUGUGUAACAGAAAUAUAAAAUUUAAUUAUUUCUACAAAUAUGCAAUUGGAGAACUAGGAUGUGAUGCAAUCGCAACCGGUCACUACGCUAAUAGUAGUUUUGGACGAUUUUUAGAAAAAUAUGAAUCAAAUAAAGCUGUUAAACUAUUGUUGGCAAAAGAUAGUAAAAAAGAUCAGACUUUCUUCCUUUGUCAAGUGAGGCAAGAGAUGUUAAGAAAAACAAUGUUUCCAUUAGGAAAUUUGACGAAAUUAGAAGUAAAACAAUUGGCAGUAGAUAAUGAUUUAGAAAGAAUUGCUUCAAAACCUGAAAGUAUGGGUAUUUGCUUCAUAGGCUCGAGAAACUUUCAAGACUUCAUCAAAGAAUAUAUUCCAGAUAAAUCAGGGGAUUUCGUUGAUAUAGAUACAGGGAAAGUUGUUGGAAAACAUGAAGGUAUACACAAAUGGACUUUAGGACAAAGAACGAGAAUAUCUGGACUUCCUGUAGCUUAUUUCGUGGGAAGGAAAUAUGUGGAAAAUAAUAUAAUAUACGUAGCAUCCGGUACUGACCACUCUCUUCUCCAUAGUGAUUUAUUUUUCACUGGAGAGCCUCACUGGAUCCAUUCAGAGCCUUCGGAGUUACAAUGUAACUAUAUUUUGGAAUGUAACUUCAAAUUUCAGCACACGGAAAAUUGGAAACGUUGCCAAAUUUGUAAAAUCGAAAAUGGUUUAGUGGUGAAACUUGAUGAGGAAAUGAGAGCCUUAACCAAUGGACAAUAUGCAGUGUUUUCAAAAAAUGGGGAAUGCUUAGGGAGUGCCAAAAUUAAAACUACACCAAUUUCUAGGUUUUCUUAUAAUUAUGAUGUAAAUAAAUAUAAAGAAAAAAGUGAAACUGAAAUAAUUACAGAGCAAAUUUGAAAUGUAUUUAAUUUAUCUCAUUUUCUCAUUGUCCAUGUUGUUUUUUUUUUGGUAUCUUUGCUACUAUAACUUCUAUUUUCAUCUUAUCUCUUUGUACUCCACCAAUUUGAUUGUUCUCAUCUACAGCUUACCUUCCAGUUUAGUAAGUCUAUUAAAUUCCAGUACCUGUGCCUGUAGGAUUCAAAGAAGUUUGGUAUUUCCUUCUUUUACCUCUAUGUGUGCUCGCAAUUUCCAAGCUUUCUAGGACUAGGUGAACCAAAGCUUUAUCUUCCUCCCCACAGAAUCUUCACUCUGCUUCUUGAUGUGGUAGUGUCCUGCAAGGAAGCUAGUGAGAAGGGUAGGUGGAUACUUUUUGGUACCAAAAAACUUCUUGGAGAAAUUCAGCUUGGAAAGACACCAGUGUAAUUAUCUAUUGGUCUUUUCCUCCUGGUGAGGAGUUUUUACCUUCCUACAUAAGCUUUUACUAAAUCACAUUGAAGUUUAGUUGCUUAGGGAUGAUGAGUAUUCAGUACCAGCCCCAAAUACUCGCAACUUCAGCUCAUGUGCUGCUUUUUGAAUCAACCAUAUAUCAUUUCGUGUUAGUUCUUCUCAGUUUUGAUAAUUUUGUCUCCUUUCUUAUUCAACAACUUGGCAACGUUCUUCUGAAAGCUCAUUUUCUGCUUCUCUACCAGUUUUUCGAUAUCCUAUCUUGUAGAGGCAUUUUCUUACAUCAAAGAAAGUCACUUAUUAUCCUUUCCUGGUGUACCUAUUUGCCUCUUGUUUUUUUGAUUCACGAGUAACCAAAAAACCCGGAUUAAAGAAACUAUAAUUCUUCUUAUGUUCUCUUUCACACUCCCAUAUCAGCUUUUACUCAAUGACUUUGGAGUUCGGGUGCUUAGGGGUGAUGAGGAUUCAGUACCAGCCUCAAAUACUCCAAUAUAAGCUCAUGUGGUGGUUUUUUAACAGCUUCAUGGUAGUUCUUAUCAGUUUUUGGUAAUUUUCAGUCUCUUCGAUGAGGAGGGAAAGGGUGUUAAAUAAUAUAGUUUUUAGGGGUGGCUAAAAUUAAAAAAAAACGCCAAAGUCCAUGCUUUUCUUAUAAUUAUAAUACAGACAAAUACAAACGAUAAUAAAAUAAUUAAGCCCUU